GCCAGUUUUGAAAACUUGUGAGAGCGUUCAGUUCGCGCCAGUACGUCCAACGAGCGAUACAUUUGACCAUUCGUCGGAUUCAGAUUCUCAAAUAGAACACAAUUAAAAAAAAUUCAAAUUGCAAACUUACAGAGUGCCAGUGCCAUGGAGAAAUCAUCGUCUUCGCGACCCAAACGCAAUCGUCGCCACAGCAGACGAGCCUGGCCACCAGAGGAUGAACUGCAGCAGCCGAUGCGAGCCGCCAAGCGUUUGUUCACACCAGACAUUAAGCGCAUGCUGAAGGAUUGGCUAAUCCGGCGGCGGGAGAAUCCCUAUCCCAGCAGGGAGGAGAAGAAGCAGCUGGCAGGAGAGACUGGCCUCACGUACACCCAGAUCUGCAAUUGGUUUGCCAACUGGCGGCGGAAGCUGAAGAACUCGGAGCGUGAGAAGGCCAAAAAGUCGUGGGGACAUCUCAUCAAGAACUACAACCACAAUGCGAGGGGGAAUGUCGAGCAGUUUAGCAUCUCAUCGGAGGACAGCAUAUGGGAGGAGGAGAUGCGGCCUUGUGUGGGGGAAGAUGACGAUGGGGACUACGAUGACGAUGAACUGGAGCUGUCCAGCCACAGUACUGGCAGCGAUGGCAACGCAAACAAUGCCACCACAGCUGUGUACAAGCCAAACUUUUACGUGGAAUCUGGGAACAUGUCGGAGCACAGCAAUCAUCGCAUUCCCAUGUUGGCGGCCCAGUCCCCGGUGGGCAGACCAAAGUACAAGCACCAAAUGAUGGAGAAGUAUCUGCGGGAUAGCACUGCAGAGGACGAGGCGUCGGGGACCACGAGCACACAGCCAGCCACCGCCACCCAGCUCAACAAGUGGCUGGAGAGCGCAGCGAAAUUCACGCCAGACCGAAACAACUAUCACAUCGAAUGGAACACGAGCAGACAAAAAUGUGGCAGUGGGCAGGGUCAGGGUCAGGAGCGAACUGCCCAAAGCCAAGUGAUCUUCACCAGCGAUGCCACGACCACGGCAGCGGCACGCGCUGAUGGCUGGAUGCUGCACCACAAGGACGAACUGGAUGCCGCCGAGGCUCUGGCGAAUCUCGCCUUCAACUGCAGACAGCGCUGGCAUCACAUGACAACGAUCAGCUCCUGAGAGGCACCUGCACCGCAUCUGCAGUUUCUGCACCCAAAACGCAUCUGACGCCAUCAUUCCAGCAGAAGAUUCAGGCCCGUUGGAAAAGUGCAAUCUAGUCAUAGUUAACAUUUUUAGCUAGUUAGCUAGUUUAGUAUGAAAGACAAAUUAAUCACUUUUCGCUUUUCUUGUUAUUUAACAAUUGUUAUUACAAAUAUUA